CCUCUCCCUGCACCUCAUACGGAGGAGAAGCCGCCGCCCCCACUGAGCACGGCUGCGUCACAUGGCUGCGGCACGGCCGGCCUUUACCGGCAACUUGAAGAAAGCACUUGCUGGUUUGAGAAGAAUUGAUUUAGAGGGCUUGCGAUGGCGUGUUUUCGAUGCAAAAGGGCAGGUGCUCGGACGUCUGGCAUCCCAAAUAGCUGUUGUGCUCCAAGGCAAGGACAAGCCCACUUAUACACCACAUGUGGAAAACGGGGACAUGUGCAUCGUGCUUAAUGCUAAAGAUAUCAGCGCCACAGGAAGAAAAAUGACUGAUAAGGUCUACUACUGGCACACAGGCUAUAUCGGACAUCUGAAAGAAAGAACGCUCAAGAACCAGAUGGAAAAAGAUCCAACGGAAGUGAUUCGCAAAGCAGUCAUGCGCAUGCUUCCCCGCAAUAGACUGCGCGAUGAGAGGGAUCGCAAACUGAGGAUUUUCUCUGGAACCGAGCAUCCAUUCCAUGAUCGCCCGCUUGAACCUUUCGUCAUGCCACCACGCAAAGUACGUGAGAUGCGUCCACAGGCAAGGCGCGCACUGAUAAGAGCCCAGAAGAAGUUAGAGCAGGCAGACAGAGGAGUAGCGAAAGAUGAAUGUGAUGCUAAGCGUGCGAGCGAAAGGCAAGGUCCCGGAGUAGCUACCUCCGAAUCUAUCUGAAAAUCGGCAUUGAUCGCAUGUUGGUGAUCUACCUAGCUAGGUACAUACGAGUACUGCUGCUAUCUCUGAAGGGUAAUAAGUCUACUUUUGUUUUUGACGUGUAACUAGAUAAGAUAAAUCGAAGCUCGAGCCAGCAAAUGAGCAACUGACUUUGAAUUCUAGGCUACAUACUUGUGGCAUGCAAUACAAGCAUGUGACUAUGUCCCUCAUCAGGAAUAAAACCUAUCCUUUUUCAUCAAUGA